AUGUCGAAACUAAUAUAUUUAAUGUUAUAUGCAUUACAAUAUAUCUAUUACGCUGAUGGACAAAAGACGCAAAUAAUGACACCUGUUGAGACUUGUACUCUAUCAACUGCUACGCUUCGUUGUCCACUUAAUUCUGUGGUUGUUGUUACAAGCGCUGUAUAUGGUGUAGCACAAAUAGUUGGUUCAUGUACUUAUUGGCCCGGUGAUUGCAUUGUUGAUGGUAUGAAUGAUAUUAUUUGUAAUACAGAUUCUCUUCAAUGUACGGUAUAUGCAACGAAAAAGAAAUUGUCACAAUGUAAUAAUCAAAAUAGUAAUUAUAUUCAUAUUGAAUACAAUUGUGUACCCGUACAGAUGGAUGACGCAUCGAAAGAAUAUAAUAUUUGUAACAAUAAUACUAAAAUAACAAGUGAUAGUGGUAUUAUAAAAUCUCCAGGUUAUCCAUCACAAUUCCAGGCAACUACAUCUGAAUGUUAUCGUACUAUACAUGUGCCUAAUAAUAAAACUCUUAAUUUGUGGCUGAGUGAUUUAUAUAUUUCUAGUGCAGAGAAUUGUCUUCGGAAUUAUGUAUAUGUCACGAAUAGUAUACAAAAUUAUCGACACUGUGGUUAUAAGCGAUAUGCAUAUCCAUAUUUAUGCUCAUCAACCAUUCGUAUUCAAUAUUAUGCAUCAACCACAGCUUCAUUUUAUCGUGGUAUGAGAAUAUAUUAUGAAAUAGUUGAUCGAACACCAAAUGAUUUUUGUCCAAAUUCAAAUGAAACAAUCACACCUGUUGUAUCGUCGACCACAACAGUACCAUCGGAUGUAACGACAACUGUGCCCAGUUAUGCUUUAUUAGGGGUUUCUUCACCAAUUCGAAAUUUUCAACUAUGUAGAGGUGAGUCACAUAAAGUCGCAUGUCCAUCUGAUUAUGUAAUUACUAUCCUAAAAAGUAUCUAUGGUGUCACUCAAUCUGAUCAAUGUGAAAAUUACGACGCUAGGGAGCAUUGUGUUGUUGCAACCGAUCCAUCUCUACAUUGUACUGAAAGUUGUACAUAUUUGUACACUGGCAAUCGAAUUCUUCCAUCAUGCGGUAACAAACCUGCAGCUUAUCAAUAUGUUGAAUAUCAAUGCAUUCCGAGAAAAGCUCCAGUUGUAACACCAAAUACUCCAUGUCCAAUAGAUGGCUCAAAGAUUCCUAUUACAAUUGAUCGUCGUGGUCGUUUUCGAAGUUAUCAAUAUCCAAAUUUAAGAGCAAUGAAUUGUACGUAUCGCUUAUCGACUAAACCUGGUGAUAUUAUGCACAUUUAUUCACUCGAUGUCAAUCUAAAUGAUUGGUCAAACGAUUGUGGAGCGAAUAAAAUCUCAGUUGUGGAAGAUGGUGAUACUCGAGGUACAGAAUUUUGCAAAGAAGACACAUUUAGUUUACUUUAUUCAACUUGUUCAAAUGAAAUUGAUCUUUAUUAUAUUGUUACUAAUGAUAAUUUGAUAUUAUCCAAUGGUGUUGAACUAUAUAUUGAAAGUCAAACACGUCCAUUAGAUUGGUCAUGUGGAAAAUCAGAAACAACAUCAAGUACUCAACCAUCUACUCUAACAACACUAUUCAUUACUCCCACAGCAGUACCAUUAACAAAUGAAACAACAAUGAUGGCUCGUGAUGAACAUCAACAUAAUAUAUGUUAUGCGAAAUCAUUAAUCUAUACAUGUCCAAUGGGUUAUACAUUUAUGAUACUUGAUGCUUUUUAUGGUGUAAAAAGUCAAUCAUCAAAUAAAUGUGAAUUUGUUCCAGGUGAUUGUGUACAAGGAACAUUGUCAACAUUUACACAAUGUCAAAAGGAUGCAGCUACUUGUUAUAUUUUUUAUUCAACACAACGUCGACUUGCUCGAUGUUCUGAUCGAUACGCAGAUUAUUUACAUAUAACUGGCCAAUGUAUACCAAGUACAUCAGCAGGAACAACAGCAACUAUUCAAACAUAUAAUGUUUGUGAUAACAACACUAAUAUUGGCGCUUUUAAUGGUAUCAUAACUAGUCCGAGUUUCCCAUUGUACAAGCAAAUAAAUGGUAUUUGUAAACGUUCAAUACUUGGUAUACAAGACAGAGUUUUAAAAAUUUGGAUCAAUGAAAUACUUGUUUCAACUGAUGGUCAACGUCGCAUAAAUGGUGAAGAUUUUUUUGUAGAAGAUUCAAAUGAGCCCGAUUUAGUUCUUCAUAAAAUGUAUGAAAAUGAAAUAAUGGAAUCAAGUCCAUCAAUUCGUGAUAUUUGUAUCAAUGAUUAUUUAAUGAUCGAUACUCCACAUGUUACUUAUGUUUAUUGUGGUACAAGAAAAUUAGCAAUGAUACCGAUUUGUGCAUCACGUGUAAAUAUUCAAUACAAAGCUUCAUCUCCAUCAAAUAUUGACUAUAAAGGCUUCAAACUCUAUUUUGAAUGGGUAGAAAAACCUCUUGAAAUCAUUUGUGAUGAAAAGCCUGGUCUAUCAGCAAUAACACCUCCUGAUAUGCCAAUUCCUAUCUGGGCGCAACAUUUCGAACUUUCACCAGUACUUUCUCAUCAUAUUUGUCUUGGAAAUUCACAAACAUUCCGAUGUCCUCGUGGAACUGACUAUGUUCUCACAGUAAUUCAAUCGAAAUAUGGUGUAACUGGUACAGGUAUGUGUGAAAUUCCAUCAAUAACACAUUGUCAACAAGAAAGUUCACUCGGUUUAACAUGUACACAUUCAUGUUUUAUUGAAUAUGAUCUUCCAAAACCAUUAAUACAAUGUGGACUUCAAAAUGCUGAUUAUCUUAGUAUAGAUUAUCAAUGUAUUCCAACACGUCUAUCAGAUAAUGAGAAUCCUAUCGAUAUUUGUGCAUCAACAACAACAGAUACAAUCGCAAUGAACUCAGGUAUUAUGAUUAGUCCACAAUAUCCGAAUUUAAAUGUCAAACGUACAUGUUCAAAACGUAUUGAAACAUUACCCAAUAAAUUAUGGAACAUAUUUAUUGUUGAUCUAUUUUUGGAAGGAUCAAAUGAUGGUGGUGAUUGUAAUGCUGCAUCAUUAACAAUUAAUGAUGGAGAUGAUCGAAUUGUUCUUUGUGGUUUACAUCAACCUGAACUUAUUCUUGUGAGUUGUUCACAUAUUGUCGAUUUGAAAUUUGUUUCAAACCGUCGCACACUUGGUUAUCGUGGUUUUAAAGUUUUCUUUCAAACGAUUGAUGUACCUGCUGGUUGGACAUGUACACCCAACGGUUUUACAACAAUAACACCAACACCUCGACCACCAACCACCACAGGUGUCUUACCACCGAGUCUUCUAAUUGGUGCUUAUGGUGGUACAACAAAUGGAACACGUCGGCAUUGUAUCUUUCCAUUUAUUUACAAAGACAGUAUACAAACAGGCUGUUUAACAAGUGAUUCACCUUCAUCACCACUGAGUCGAGGUACAAAGACACCGUGGUGUUCAUUAACAAGUAAUUUCGACAUUGAUCAUCAAUGGGGAUUUUGUGAAUUAGGUGUUACUGACUCAACAACUUAUGAUGUAUGUCGUGGAAAAUCACAAAUACUUCGAUGUCCAAUUGGUUAUGUUCUUGAUAUAAUAACUGCUGAUUAUGCAGCUAAAUCUGAGGAAAAUACUGACACUGAGUCAUGUUCAUAUAGUCAAAAUGAUUGUUUUCAAAGUGAUUCAACAAUACUUCGAACUGUUUGUGCUGGUAAAACAACAUGUACAACUUAUCAUACUUCGAAAAUUUUAACACAAUGUCAAAAUCGAGCAAGUGCUUAUUUUCAUGUUAUUUAUAGAUGUAUUCCAAAUGAAAUACAAGAAAUUAAUGUAUAUAAUUUGUGUAAUAAUGAUACACAACCGACGAAUGAUACUGAACGUGGUUUUCUUAUCUCACCAAAUUUUCCCAAUACACCAAAUAAUUUCGAUUGUACAUUUAAGUUACAAACAAUGAAACCACGUCAAGACAUUUAUGUUUAUAUGAUCACUAUGGAUUUAAAUAGUCAACCAUCAUUUGGACAAUCAUGUGUAAAAGACCGAUUAGUUAUUUCUGCUACUAAUAACAUGAUGGAACUGUGUGGUAAAUCAUACACAAACCUUGUAUUAAAUACAUGUCAAUCAUCUGUAACAUUUCAAUUAAUUCGAGCACUUGAUGCUAAAGGUCGUGGGGUGAAAUUGUAUUUUGAAUUUCGUGAUCGCCCACUCGAUCAAAUAUGUCCAGUAUUAUAUACAACAACAAAACCUGUAUCAACAACAUCAUUAUCACCAGGUACAACUAUUCAAACACAACGUCCAAGUUAUUUUCCUCAUCCAAGUCCUGUGAACAUUAAAAUUUUAUGUUAUCCAGACAUUUCAUCAUUAUUUGGUACUGAUAAUUUUCAAUGUCCAAAGGAUUAUGUUUUAGUAAUUCAUCGAGCAUUUUAUGGUACAGGUGAUCGAUGUACUUAUACGUCCAUAGGGUGCUAA